GGUAGGGCGAAGAGUUCAGUCUUAGUCGCCGGCUCAUUCACCGAUUUCUCAGCGGUGGACGGAGGCCGCCACGGCAAGCAGCUUCCAACUACUCCUGCAUCUUCAUAGUUCUCAUCUUCCGCCGCUCCACUCUCAGCCAGGCAGAGUGACCAACAGACUCGCUAACUGGCACCUUCACGCCGGAGGAUCCCAAGCCCAGGAGGCCCGAACCGGCGCUCCUGGGACAGCCAGACGGGAUGUCGUUUGGAAAGGGGUGCUAACUAAGUGCCUCCACGCUGGGAGCCAGGUGCACUGGCUCCUGGCCAUCGGCCGAACGGCGGCGGCGGAGGGGAUGAGCCCGGGACGUUCAAGGCGUCUGCCGCGAGCUACCGCCCCGAGGUGGACGCCAAGCAGGGCUCUUAGCAGGACAGCGCGGACCCUUGCCCGCAGGGGCACGCGUCUGCGGAGCCUCGGGGCCGCGCCUGCUGUCAGGAUGCCCUGGGCGCCUCCCUACUGGUGAGGAUGCCCUGUUGUGAGGCUGUGCCAUUCCUAAUCCUGGUCUCAAGUGGGCGCGAUUGAGUGGGCUUGGCUUUAGCCCCUUGCUCCGGUGGAUGAAAAGCGCUGGAGUCCUUGUGUGCAAUCAGCGAUCGAAUCUGAAUUCUAAGAGCCAUGGACGAAAGUACUGGGCCGCAGCCCCCGGGGAAAGAGCAGCUGGAGGCACCGGUCACAGUAGGAGCUGUCCAAGAGAAGUGCGAGCCAGAGACCUUCAGGUCUAAGAGUUUACCGGUCCUGAACAGCGCCUCCUGCCGGCCGAACCUCAGUCCUGAGAGUGUAGACUUCAAGUCGGCCUUUGGCUGUAAGGAUUCUUUAGGCCACCAGGAGUUGAAGCAAGGCCGGAGCCUGUUGGCCCCUAGUCCCUCUGCCCCGUCCACUUCGGCGGGGAUGACAGGGCUCGUGGACUGUACCCACAGGAAGGACGUAAGCAAAACCGUCUCGGUGUCCUCCACUUUGGCCACGCUGCAGGAAAGAAGGUGCCUCCAUGUGGUCCUCACCGAUUCCCGCUGCUUCCUGGUUUGUAUGUGCUUUCUGACCUUCAUACAAGCGUUAAUGGUCUCCGGGUACCUGAGCAGUGUCAUCACCACCAUUGAAAGACGCUAUAGUCUGAAGAGUUCCGAGUCGGGGCUGCUGGUCAGCUGCUUUGACAUCGGGAACCUGGUGGUGGUGGUGUUCGUCAGCUAUUUUGGCGGCCGGGGUCGGCGGCCCCUGUGGCUGGCGGUAGGUGGACUUUUCAUUGCCAUCGGGGCUGCCCUCUUCGCCUUACCUCACUUCAUCUCGCCUCCCUACCAGAUCCAAGAGUUGAACGCCUCGGCGUCCAACGAUGGCUUGUGUCAGAAUGGCAACUCCACUGCCUCUUCGGAGCCUGCCCCCUGUCCGAAGGACUCAGGAGGAAAUAACCACUGGGUUUAUGUGGCUUUAUUCAUUUGUGCACAGAUUCUCAUUGGAAUGGGCUCCACGCCUAUUUAUACCCUGGGACCAACCUACUUAGAUGACAAUGUUAAGAAAGAAAAUGCAUCCUUGUACCUAGCCAUCAUGUAUGUCAUGGGAGCACUUGGCCCUGCGGUGGGAUAUUUAUUAGGUGGACUUCUUAUUGGUUUUUAUGUUGAUCCCAGAAAUCCUGUUCACCUUGACCAGAAUGAUCCUCGUUUCAUUGGAAACUGGUGGAGUGGAUUCCUCCUUUGUGCCAUUGCAAUGUUUCUUGUGAUAUUCCCAAUGUUUACUUUUCCAAAAAAGCUUCCACCUCGACACAAGAAAAAGAAAAAGAAAAAAUAUUCUGUUGAUGUUGUUAGUGAUGAUGACGUUAUGAAGGAGAAAUCGAACAAUAGUGAACAAGUGGACAAAAAAGUUUCUUCAAUGGGAUUUGGAAAGAAUGUCAGAGACCUACCAAGAGCAGCUGUCAGGAUCUUAAGCAACAUGACAUUCCUUUUUGUGAGUUUGUCAUACACAGCUGAGAGUGCCAUUGUAACUGCUUUCAUUACCUUCAUUCCCAAGUUCAUCGAGUCACAGUUUGGUAUCCCAGCUUCCAAUGCCAGCAUCUACACUGGUGUUAUUAUUGUCCCCAGUGCUGGUGUUGGUAUUGUCCUAGGAGGCUACAUUAUAAAAAAAUUGAAACUUGGUGCAAGAGAAUCUGCAAAAUUAGCAAUGAUCUGCAGUGGUGUGUCUUUACUGUGUUUUUCAACCCUAUUUAUUGUUGGAUGUGAAAGUAUCAACCUAGGGGGCAUAAACAUCCCUUAUACAACAGGACCUUCUCUGACCAUGCCUCACAGGAACCUGACAGGAAGCUGCAAUGUUAAUUGUGGUUGUAAAAUACAUGAAUAUGAGCCAGUGUGUGGAUCAGAUGGAAUUACAUACUUUAACCCCUGUUUGGCUGGUUGUGUUAAUAGUGGUAAUCUUAGCACUGGGAUUCGGAAUUAUACAGAAUGCACCUGUGUCCAAAGUAGACAAGUGAUCACUCCACCCACAGUGGGACAGCGAGGUCAGCUCCGAGUGGUUAUCGUCAAAACGUAUCUCAACGAGAAUGGCUAUGCUGUGUCAGGGAAGUGCAAACGGACCUGCAAUACCCUGAUCCCAUUCUUAGUGUUUCUCUUCAUAGUCACCUUCAUCACAGCAUGUGCCCAACCGUCAGCCAUCAUAGUGACACUCAGGUCUGUCGAAGAUGAGGAGAGACCUUUUGCCCUGGGAAUGCAGUUUGUUUUGUUGCGAACACUUGCAUACAUUCCUACUCCGAUUUACUUUGGAGCCGUGAUUGACACCACCUGCAUGCUCUGGCAACAGGAAUGUGGAGUGCAGGGCUCUUGCUGGGAGUACAACGUGACGUCAUUUCGUUUUGUCUACUUUGGUUUGGCGGCUGGCCUCAAAUUUGUUGGCUUUAUUUUUAUUUUUCUGGCCUGGUACUCCAUCAAAUACAGAGAGGACGAGCUGCAGAGGCAGAGGGGCAGAGAAUUCCCUCUGAGCACCGUGAGCGAGCUUGUGGGCCAGCCCAGCAAAGCCGAGAAGUAUGCCCGGACUAGAUCCUGUCCAGCGUUUAGCACCCAGGGAGAAUUCCACGAAGAAACUGGUCUACAGAAAGGGAUCCCAUACACAGCACAGACCUAUCCGGGGCCUUUCCCCGAAGCAAUAAGUUCUCCAGACCCAGGGCUGGAAGAGAGCCCUGCUGCCAUGUAGCCUCCCUCCUGAAGCUUGAACAUGGAAGACUUGUUUUGUUGGUUGAGUAGAAUAUGGUGGUUUGAGAAACACCUGUGCCUUCUUUCUUUUUUUAACCUCAACAGACACAAUCCUCAAACCAACAAAACUCAGUAUACACAGCCACUGUCGAUUGAGGGCUGGAUACCUCAACAAGACUAAGAGCCUUUCCCCUCUUUUCUCCAAGGAGGAGUUUAGAUACAUUUGUUAUCACUUUUGCUAUGUUAAUUUAAUGCUUAUGCUCCAAUGUGGCAUAAGGCUGAGGUCCACGGUUAACAAAAUCAUGGGAAAGGCAAUGGCCCCACAUAUCAUUAGCAUACACUCCAAACAAAGGUGAGCCUGACCAUGUCCUUGCACUUGCAAAUCCAAGUUUUUAGAUAUGAACACCUACUGUGAGUUCUGCUACAAAGCACAAAUGAAUCUGCCUCAACUAUGCAAUUUAAUUGGAAAAAUGUUAAGUGCAGCAUGUUACUUUUGCGUACAGAGAAUAAAGCAGAUACGUUUUUUGAAAAGAGGAAGCUGAGGUUCCCUAAAAUACUGUUAAUAGCAUUUUAAGCCAUAGCAGAGUUAUCAGUCAGGUAGAAUUUUUCAGAUGCUUCAAAGGAACCCCAUGCAUAGUGCAGUAAGAGGAAUGACUGUCAUUUCAUAGGACACGUCUUCUCUUUUAGUUUGCCCUAUCAUAAGGUAGUUAGAGGCUGCUGAGCCAUAAAUCUGAAAACUCGAAUAUAAAAUCAGUAUUCUUUAUAUGGGGCUUUAAAACUAGUGUGCUAAACAACGUGGCUAGAAACCAAUAUGAGAUGCAUCAUGAAGAGAGAAACUGAUGGCUUUCUCAUCCAAGGAAAUUGCUGCAGAAAUUCCUUUAGCUCUUAAGGACUCGCAUAAGAUUAGUUAAGAAUUGCAACCUUGACAUUCAAAAUAGAUGAAAAAGAAAUUCCAGAGGUAAGAUUGGGUCCCGCCUGAGCAUUUUAGUUAUAUCCUUAAAGUCCUGGAAAAAUCUAUAUUGUUUUCCUUUUUCUAUACAGAAAAUUGCUGUGGCUACUGCUGGAAAUGAGUAAUUAAAUCAGGAAAGCCAUACCUGGGAUACGAAAAUCACUUUGAAUACAGGAGGAGGAAUAUCUGUGAGCUGAACCUGAAAUAUGAUCUUAAGUAGAGAAAAAUGAUUUAAAAUAAGCCAAUCUAUCAUAGGAAUUUCUGUUUCAUCAGAGUUAGCCUCAUUUUGAUUUACCUUUCCUUCCCUCCAGUGGAAUGCCUGCCAUGAUUUCGAGAGAGGAUUUUCCUGUUCUUAAAUGCACUUUGGGUUCAUUAUCCAUCAUUCUUUCCAGAACCUCCCAGCAUAUCAUUUAGACUUAGGCACCACAUAGGAUGCUUUCUAUGUGCUUCUUAAGAAGAACAGCACUAAUGGACUGACAGAAGGUUACUCAUGGGCUCUGACUGUGAGAGACGGAAAGGUUCAAAUACCAAUAGAAUCGUGUACUCCUUCCACAUAAGCCUAUGCUUUUGUAGAGCUAACCUAGGAAAUGUUGUUCUUGUCUGCUUUGCCCUCUUCCACACAACAGUGGUGAUGGGCAGACUGUCCCGUGAUUCAGGCUUUUGGCCUCCAUCCUUGCUUGGGUACAGGGUGUUUUCCUCUUCAUCUAGGAAUGGCAUUGGCCAAAUGGUUGCAAGCAGUUUGUGGACUAAACAAAUGCAAGUGUCUCAGGUGACAGGGGCUUCCCUUUGUUCCCUGGGCUUGGCUUUUAGGGAGAGGAGCAGCCUUACCUGGCUAAGACUGUAAUUACACUGGUAUCUGUCAAACUUUGGUCAAUGUGGUGUACAAUGAAGGUUUCCAGAACAAAUUGCUGAUUAAUUUAGUGUCUGCUCUGGGGACUCAGGGUUCCUCUUUACCUCUGUGGGAGACCUUGAUCCUUUUUAGAAUGGAAAAUUUCCUUCAGUGUUGGGAGCUAGAGAUGUGUAGGAUGCGGAGGGGUGGCACUUCCGUAAUUUUUCUCUGAUCAUUAAGAUACCACACUAAGAGACUUCUGGUGGGACUGGCACUGUUUCUUGGUAUUCAGAUUGUUGGACUCUCCAUAAGUAAUUACUGCUUUUUCUCAAAAGGUCAUCAGUUCAGUCGUCAUCAACUGGGCACCAGCUAUCUCUCGGGUACCAUUUUACCCAAGUAGCAUUUGCAACUCCAUGAAAUCUUUUGGGGGUGAUUAGGCCAGAACUCAAAGAAAUUGAACGGAAAUGUGUACCACAUGUUAAUAUCGUACUUCCUGAUACUUUUAUAUAUAAAGCAGGUGUAUUAUUAUUGUGUUGUUGGUAAAUGUAGAAUAAGUAGUUUAAGGUAUGAAGGUGUGAUUAUUUUGGAAUGUGUACUGAUUCAGAAUUGUUCCCCAAAUGUGUUGGGCUCUGGUAGCGUAAUUGGAACGUGACAUAGUCAGCUAAAUGACUAUUUUGUAGAUGAUACCAUCUAACUGUGUAUAUAAGAUCUUAUGUAUUUGUUAAUAAAUUGGUCAUGUUACUUUAUAGUCACAGAUCCUAUUAGAAGUUUUAAUUGCCACUCUUCAUGCACAUAGGCUUCAACUUACUUGUUUUGGCAAAAGAUCAUCUUGCCCUUUAUCAACUCUGUUCAUUGUAUUAUUUGCCUUUGAUAUGCAAAUAUAUUAUCCUUGAGUCCAUUAAUUUAGAAACUCUCAAAGAGUAGGUGGAUGUUUGGAACACAUUUUUGGUUAUCUUCCUUAGUAUGGAAUCCUUAUUCCUGGUAGGUGGAUUUAUUUCUUGAAAACAGUUGAAAGUCACUCGGAAUCAUGGUAUUGGGAGUGAGGGGAAAGGAGGAGCAGAGAGGACACAGAUGAUCAUUUGUGGAUUGUGGACUAUUUUUCAGAGCCAUUUUGUCAAACACUUAUGUAUACAUCGUUCAUUUUAAUCCUUUUAAUAACUUGCAAGGAGUUUAUUUUUAUUUAUUUAUUUAUUUUGGUGGUGCUGGGAUUGAACUCAGGGCCUCACAUAUGCUAAGCACAUAUUUCACCAUUGAGCUACACCCCAACCUUGUUUUUGUUACUUUGUAAAAAUCGAUGUGAACAUGAGACUCAGAGAGGUAAAGUAACUUAUUUAGGACUGUACAGAGUGGCAAAGUCAGGAUUCAGAUAUAGAUUUCUCUCAUUCACUUUUUAUACUACCUAAUGUAGCAAAUGGCUUUUGGUUAACAAAGGCAAGAUGUGACUAUAAAAUAGUGAGGUUAUUUCAUUAUAUUAUGUUUUACUGUUUUUGAAGAAUAGAGACACUAUUAUUUCUUCUUGUAGAUAGAAAAAAAAAAGUAGGAAACACCUGUAGGAACCAUCAGCAUUUGAUGUUUAAC